AUGGACCAUUAUGACUCCCAGCAAACCAACGACUAUAUGCAGCCGGAAGAGGACUGGGACCGAGAUCUGCUCCUGGACCCGGCCUGGGAGAAGCAGCAGAGAAAGACAUUCACAGCAUGGUGUAAUUCCCACCUCCGUAAGGCGGGUACGCAGAUAGAGAACAUCGAGGAGGACUUCCGGGAUGGCCUGAAGCUCAUGCUGCUGCUUGAAGUCAUCUCAGGUGAACGCUUGGCCAAGCCAGAGAGAGGCAAGAUGAGGGUACACAAGAUCUCCAAUGUCAACAAGGCCCUGGACUUCAUAGCCAGUAAAGGGGUUAAGUUGGUGUCCAUUGGAGCUGAAGAAAUCGUGGAUGGGAACGUGAAGAUGACGCUGGGCAUGAUCUGGACCAUCAUCCUUCGCUUUGCCAUCCAAGACAUUUCCGUGGAAGAGACCUCGGCAAAGGAAGGGCUACUCUUGUGGUGUCAGAGAAAGACAGCCCCUUACAAAAAUGUCAACAUCCAGAACUUCCACAUAAGCUGGAAAGACGGCCUUGGCUUCUGUGCUUUGAUUCACCGACACCGACCAGAACUGAUUGACUACGGGAAGCUCCGGAAGGAUGACCCACUCACAAAUUUGAACACAGCCUUCGAUGUGGCGGAAAAGUACCUGGACAUCCCCAAGAUGCUGGAUGCUGAAGACAUUGUUGGAACAGCCCGACCAGACGAGAAGGCCAUCAUGACUUAUGUGUCUAGCUUCUACCACGCCUUCUCUGGAGCCCAGAAGGCGGAGACAGCAGCCAACCGCAUCUGCAAGGUGUUGGCCGUCAACCAAGAGAAUGAGCAGCUCAUGGAAGAUUACGAGAAAUUGGCCAGUGAUCUGCUGGAGUGGAUCCGCCGUACCAUCCCGUGGCUGGAGAACCGGGUGCCCGAGAACACCAUGCAGGCCAUGCAGCAGAAGCUGGAGGACUUCCGAGACUACCGGCGCCUGCACAAGCCACCUAAGGUGCAGGAGAAAUGCCAGCUGGAGAUCAGCUUCAACACGCUGCAGACCAAGCUACGCCUCAGUAACCGGCCCGCCUUCAUGCCCUCUGAGGGCAGGAUGGUUUCGGACAUUAACAACGCCUGGGGUUGCCUGGAGCAGGCAGAGAAGGGCUAUGAAGAAUGGCUGCUGAAUGAGAUCCGGAGGCUGGAGCGACUUGACCAUCUGGCAGAGAAAUUCCGACAGAAGGCCUCUAUCCACGAGGUCUGGACGGACGGCAAGGAGGCCAUGUUGCGGCAGAAGGACUACGAGACGGCCACUCUCUCAGAAAUCAAGGCCCUGCUCAAGAAGCAUGAAGCCUUUGAGAGCGACCUGGCUGCCCACCAGGACCGCGUGGAACAGAUCGCUGCCAUCGCGCAGGAGCUCAAUGAGCUAGACUAUUACGACUCACCCAGCGUCAACGCCCGUUGCCAAAAGAUCUGUGACCAAUGGGACAAUCUGGGGGCCCUGACUCAAAAACGAAGGGAAGCUCUGGAGCGGACAGAGAAAUUACUGGAAACCAUUGACCAACUGUACUUGGAGUAUGCCAAGCGGGCUGCACCCUUCAACAACUGGAUGGAGGGGGCCAUGGAGGACCUGCAGGACACCUUCAUUGUACACACCAUCGAGGAGAUCCAGGGACUGACCACAGCCCACGAGCAGUUCAAGGCCACCCUCCCCGAUGCCGACAAGGAACGCCUGGCCAUCCUGGGCAUCCACAAUGAGGUGUCAAAGAUUGUCCAGACCUACCAUGUCAACAUGGCGGGCACCAACCCUUACACAACCAUCACGCCUCAGGAGAUCAAUGGCAAAUGGGACCAUGUGCGGCAGCUGGUACCACGGAGGGACCAGGCUCUGACGGAGGAGCAUGCCCGCCAACAGCACAAUGAGAGGCUACGCAAGCAAUUUGGAGCCCAGGCCAAUGUCAUUGGACCUUGGAUCCAAACCAAGAUGGAGGAGAUCGGGAGGAUCUCCAUCGAGAUGCACGGAACCCUGGAGGACCAGCUCAACCACCUGCGGCAGUAUGAGAAGAGCAUUGUCAACUACAAGCCAAAGAUGGACCAGCUGGAGGGCGACCACCAGCUCAUCCAGGAGGCACUCAUCUUUGACAACAAGCAUACCAACUACACCAUGGAGCACAUCCGAGUGGGCUGGGAGCAGCUCCUCACCACCAUCGCCAGGACCAUCAAUGAGGUGGAGAACCAGAUCUUGACCCGGGAUGCCAAGGGCAUCAGCCAGGAGCAGAUGAAUGAGUUCCGGGCUUCCUUUAACCACUUUGACCGGGAUCACUCCGGCACGCUGGGUCCCGAGGAGUUCAAAGCCUGCCUCAUCAGCUUGGGUUAUGAUAUUGGCAACGACCCCCAGAAGAAGACAGGCAUGAUGGACACGGAUGAUUUCCGCGCCUGCCUUAUCUCCAUGGGUUACAACAUGGGAGAGGCAGAGUUUGCCCGCAUCAUGAGCAUCGUGGAUCCCAACCGCCUGGGAGUAGUGACAUUCCAGGCCUUCAUCGACUUUAUGUCCCGAGAGACGGCUGACACAGACACAGCAGACCAGGUCAUGGCUUCCUUCAAAAUCCUGGCUGGAGACAAGAACUACAUCACGGUGGACGAGCUGCGCCGAGAGCUGCCGCCGGACCAGGCCGAAUACUGCAUCGCGCGAAUGGCCCCCUACACCGGCCCCGACGCUGUGCCCGGUGCUCUGGACUACAUGUCCUUCUCCACUGCGCUCUAUGGCGAGAGUGACCUCUAA